AUGUCGCGUCACAAUAGCGUGGACCUGGACUCUCCCGACCGGCCCUUUGACAAUAUCAUCAACUUCCGCGAUGUCGGCCGCUCCAUCAACCAAUUCUGUCGCAAAGAGAUCCUCAAGGAAGGUGUCUUCUUUCGCAGCGCAAGGCUGGACGAUGCAUCAGAACGAGAUAAGAGGCGUCUAGCCGAGGAAUUGCAUAUCCACACCGUUAUCGACCUUCGAUCACAAACAGAACAUCAAAUGGGCACGCGUAAACGACGCGCGGAAAUAGCCAAGUCAGAAUCAGAACAAGAAAUCUCAGAAUCAGAUCUCACGACAGCCUCGGUCCCCACGAAUCCCGAUGAGCACCUCCUCCAAAUACCAGGCUCCGAGCGGGCCUUAAUCAGUCUAACGGGCAAAGGCUUCGAACGGGCCUUAUUAUCCAAACUGGACUGGUAUACUUAUCUAAAAGCAAUCAGCCUUGUAACAACAGGCUACCGCAGUGAUGCAGUGCGACUCAUCUGCCAAACGGCCAUGGUCCCACGCGGCCUGAUAGGGUUAGCGCAAGACACGCUAGAGGCCAGCAAAGCAGAAGUGCGUGCUGUAUUCGACAUCCUAGCGAAAGAGGACUCAUAUCCCACCCUCGUCCACUGUACGCAGGGCAAAGAUCGAACGGGCCUCGUGGUCUUGAUGAUGCUUUUAUUAGCCGGCGACGCGGUGCCCACUGCAGCCAUAGUCGAUGAUUACAGUCGCUCGGAACUCGAGCUGGUGCCGGAACUCGAAGAGCGCAUGAAGGAAAUUCGCGCCAUCGGUCUCGGGGAAGAUUAUACGAGAUGCCCGGCUGGGUUUGUUACGGAUACGACAGAAUAUCUGCAGAGAUUUGGGGGUGUUUGCGGGUAUUUGGAGAAGAUUGGGGUGGGAGUGGAGAAGCAGGAAAUCAUACGGAGGAAAUUUCUGGCUUGA